AUGCGAACUGCGGUAGCCCUCUCCGAACUGGUAGCAAACGCCCUCGCGGCGGCCCAGAAUUCGGGUUCAUUGCCCCCUUCCGGCGACGCCGAGGUCAAGAUCGAAAUACCUCAGCAAGCCGAGCACGGCGACUUUAGUACAAGUCUGCCGUUGAGACUGGCGCGCGCCACUCGCAUGGCCCCUCUCGCAAUCGGCGAAGCCAUAGUCGCCGCAUUGCCGGCCAACGACCUCGUUAGUCGUGCAUGGGUCGCUCGACCGGGGUUCAUCAACCUGGAACUGUCCAGGGACUUUCUCCGCCGGCAGGUGACCGAAAUCAGAUCGGCCGGCGAAUCUUAUGGCGCAAGCGACGCCGGCGUCGGCGCCCAUGUUCAGGUCGAGUUCGUCAGCGUCAACCCGACCGGACCUCUCCACGUUGGCCACACGCGCGGCGCCGUUAUCGGGAGCGGCCUCGCCAAUCUGCUGGAGGUGGCCGGCUACAAGGUGCAGCGGGAGUACUACGUCAACGACGGCGGCAACCAGAUGCACGUGUUCAACGAGACGCUCUACGCCCGCUUCAUGCAGGCGGCAGGCAGGGACGUGCCGCUGCCCGACCCCGCCUACCCCGGCGAAUACCUGGUUGAACUAGCCGCGCAGCUGUACGAAGAGCUCGGCGACGCGCUCUUAUCGACGCCUAAAGAAUCGGCAAUCGCGGAAUUGGCGCCUCCGGCCCUGGCUGCCACCCUCGAGCUCAUCAGAAAAGACCUCGAGGACCUGGGUGUCCAUUACGACCUGUGGUUCAGCGAAAAGUCACUGAUCGACGACGGCCAGUUCGAUCAGGCCAUGUCAGUCAUGGACGAGCGGGGCUACCUGGCCAAUCGGGACGGAGCGAAGUGGUUCCUCUCGACCAAACUGGGUGAAGACAAGGACAACGUCGUGAUUCGCAGCGACGGCGGCGGCCCAACCUACCUCGGCACCGACUUCGCCUACCACUACAACAAGUACCUCGUCAGGGGUUUUGACCGCGUCAUCAACGUUGGGGGCUGA